UCGAGACCUGAUAAUAUUUUAAUAAUUCUUCAGGUAAGGAACACUAGAACAUGCAAUAGAACUGGCCAGUUGACGGGAUACAAGCUGGUACCUGGCUCAAACUGCUUACCGUUGGCAGGUUCGGAAGCCAAGUUUUUAAGAAGAGCUGCUUUCUUGAAACAUAAUUUCUGGGUAACAACAUAUUCACGUAAUGAGAUGUUUCCUGGAGGAGAAUUUCCAAAUCAAAAUCCGCGUGUUAGUGAAGGACUAGCUACAUGGGUUAAGCAGAACCGAUCUUUGGAAGAAACUAAUAUAGUUCUUUGGUAUGUAUUUGGAAUCACACAUGUUCCCCGUUUGGAAGACUGGCCGGUUAUGCCAGUAGAGCACAUUGGUUUUAUGCUCACGCCUCAUGGAUUCUUCAAUUGUUCCCCUGCAGUAGACGUCCCACCUAAUACAUGUGAAAUGGAUUCUAAAGAUAAUGAAAUUAAGGAUAAUGGUUCUUCGAAGCCAAUUCCGAGUGGGUUGACGGCAAAGCUUUAGGAAAUUGUCCCACCAAAAGUUUGGGUAUGGGUUGCUGGUAAGAGAAACUCAAGUACUAUUUUGGUAUCCCUGAAAUAUGAAGUUGAGCAAUUUAUAUUUUUUUAAUCUAGAAUAUUGAUUAAGCUGUGAACUAAAAUCGUGAUCUCAUUUAUUCUGGAAAGCUUGUGUAGAAAGCUUGUUGGUAAUAUUCGUUUGAUUUUCUUUGUACUUGAGAAUCUGAUUUCAAAUUUGACUGUAGAUGCUGGUAGUGAAACAGUGAAUCUGACGUUAUUAUUUGGUUCAAAAUAAAUGGUUCGAUACCGGGCUUCAUAUCAGGAUUCAA